AAAAACUGCGCAGAGCUUUAUAAAGAUGGAAAGAGAAGCAAUGGCGUUUAUUUAAUCGACCCUGAUGGCUCAGGUGACUUUCAUGUUUAUUGUGACCAAACAACCUCUGGCGGGGGUUGGACUGUGUUCCAGAAGAGGUUGGACGGCUCUGUUGACUUUUAUCGCACCUGGGACAGUUACAAAUAUGGCUUUGGUAAUACAAAUAGCGAGUUUUGGCUCGGACAGGAGUCAAUACGCCGCCUGACUAACAGCGAGGGAUACAAGCUUCGUAUUGAUUUGGAGGAUUUUUCUGGGAAUACUGUUUAUGCCGAGUACACUUGGUUUAAAGUUGAGAGUGAGGGAUCUAAUUACACUUUAAGAAUCGGAAGCUACUCAGGUAAACUUGCUCCCGGAAACCGGGAAGAUUUUGGUUGUGUCACGAUGAACCCUCAUUGAGUUAAUAAGUAGUCAGUCAGUUCCCCUCUUAAUAAAACUCUGUUUUGGCGACGACUGGAAGCCAUAUGUUUCUUUCAAUUAUGUUCUACCCCCACCCGCUGUGACACAUGAUCAUUGCUGCCUUAGUUCUCCUUAUCUCAUUUCUAAAAUCGUCACAUUGAAAUAGUUAAAGGAUUGUUUAAAUGCAAGCUCGUUCCCAAGGUCCUCUCUCAUACAGAGAGAGAGAGAGAGAAUGGUAAUAAGAUAAAUAGAUAAAUAUAGAUAAAAGCAAUCGGUAAUACUUUUUGACGCCUGAAUGAUUCUCUUUAAUAAUUAUAAUGGCAAUAAACAGCUACAAAUUGAUAAACUUGUGGCUCUCUAAAUUAGAAACUAAACAUGAUGAAUGAAAAAAAAAAUGUUUCAAACCCCAGUUGACAGGAAGGCAGACCAGAAUUGAAUUUGAGGCAAUGAGAAGAAACCCAGUGAGUAGCAGAGUGACGAGUUUGACCCGGGAACAUCAGAUUACAAAUCCAGUAUCCUAACCACUUGGCCACAAUGCCUCCUCUUGACUUGUUAUUGAUUGAAUGACUAUUUCAUAAACCCCUUUAACAAGUGCUAACAGCGUAAUCACGAUCUUUCGAUGAUAAUAAUUUUGAUUUGAUCAUACAUUUCAGGAACUGCAGGAGAUUCGUUUUCGCAACACAAUGGUCAAUCAUUUACAACAAAAGACCGAGACAAUGACUUAUGGAGAAGACUGAACUGUGGUGAGGUUUUUAAAGGAGGCUGGUGGUACAAAAAUUGUUGGUGGAGCAAUCUAAAUGGUUAUUAUCACCGAGGAACCUACCCAGCAGAAAACGGCUGGUACAAUGGCGUUGGCUGGUAUAAG